UUAUUUGAUUUGCACUUCUUCACCCUCUUCCGUGAAAACAGAGGAGUCUACUGUCUCAGACAAACCGCACCCUUGUCGGCCUCUCACAUACGGAAGGAAGAGUGAACUUUUCCCGUGCAGCAGUCAGCUACUUUCUGAGCGCAACCCCCUAUCCUUUCAGUAUGCAGACGGCUCGGAAUGGCUACUGACGCCAGCACGCUUGAGGAGCUACAUAGCGAGCUCACCUGUCCAGUGUGCCUCGAGCUCUUCCGUGAGCCGGUGAUCCUCGAGUGCGGACACCACUUCUGUCGCGUGUGCAUUACGCAGUGCUGGGAGGCCAAGUACGAUGAACACCCGACCUGCCCGAAGUGCCGAAAGACAUGCGCUCCGAAGCUGCGCCCCAACUCGCUUCUGUGUAACGUCGUGGACAGCGUGAGGAGAGCUCGAGCCACGGAUGGGAAACCCGGGGACCAGGAGAGCUCACAGGAUACUGAAGAACGGCAACGGGGGGGCAUUAUGCCCAGCUCCGGGUUCAGUUUCACCGAUUCUUCUCCGCGCCUCGAGUCAGACCUGUGCGAGGAUCACGAGGAGAAGUUGAAGCUAUUCUGUGAGGAUGAUCAGCUCGCGAUCUGCCUGGUGUGCGGGAUGUCCCGAGACCACAAGACGCACAAUGUCAUCCCCAUCAACGAGGCGUUCGAGAACUACAAGGACAAGCUGUCCAGAGCCCUGGAGAGAGUAAUGAUCCAGACUGAACAGGCUUCUCUCUAUCAGGUCCAGACCAACAACAAGAUCAUGCUCAUCAAGGAGCAUGCUGGGGACAUAGAGGAGCAGGUGAGUGCAGAGUUUGGACACCUGAGGGAGUUCCUUCUCCAGGAGGAGGAGAGAGUGAAGGAGAGACUGCAGCGGGAGAAGGAAAAGAGGCUCAACCAAUUGGAGGAGGUCCUCAAACACACCACAGAGCAAAUCGGCCAGUUAGAGCAAACUGCCGACCAGCUCCGCGUCAAACUCCGAGAGAACGAGAACCCGGCACAACUCCGGGGAAUCAAGGAUUUUAUCGGAGGAGCGGAGAUUAUGUUUGAGCGACCCCCGGAGGUGUGUGUGGAUCUGCCGGAGGGGGAGUUCCUGGGACCACUGCAGUACCGCACCUGGAGGAGGAUGAACGCUGUCCUUCAGCCAGGUGUGACAGCGGUGACUCUAAACCCAGACACCGCCUACCCCAGGCUGUGGGUGUCCACGUGCUGCACCCAGGUCAGUGUCGGGGACAUCCAGCCCAACCUGCCCAACAACGCUGAGCGCUUCACGCGCUACAACAUUGUCCUGGGAAGCCAGGCCCUCACCUCAGGGCAACACUACUGGGUGGUUGAGGUGGGCACCAAGACGGCCUGGGGGUUGGGGGUGGCGGCCGCCUCGGUCAACAGGAAGGAUGAGAUUAGCCUGUGUCCCGACGACGGCUUCUGGACCCUGGUGUUAAGAGAGGGGCGGGGAGGGAGCGAGUACGAGGCCUGCACCAACCACGAGGAGAGCCUGCUGCACCCCCCUCGCUCCCCCAGGAGGGUAGGGGUGUACCUUGACUACGGGAGGGGUGUGGUGGCGUUUUACGACGCAGGGGAUAUGAGUCACCUGUUCACGUUCUCCGACGCCACGUUCACAGAGCCGGUGUUCCCCUACUUCAACCCCUGGCCAAUCAUCAAAGGGAGAAACCGUGAGCCUCUUAUUAUUAUUAGCCCGGACCCGGAGGUAUGAGAGACCCGUUAAGAACUGUCAGAGAACACUGAGAACCAAAGACAAGAAAGUAGAACAAUGUAGAACCUGUGAGAGAAACUGCAAUGUCAUCAUCCUAUUCACGGAAUGUACUAACACGUGACUAUUGUUCAAGGUUUUGUCAUUUAUGAACAUUUCCUGUAAAUAUGUUUCCAUGGAAUAUCUGGGUGUUUUUUGUUUAAAGAGAGCCAGAGGACUCUGAUGGAAGCCACAUGGAAAAGCUCAUUGAAAAGCACCUUAAACAUGACAUUCUUUCCCUUCCAAAUGGACAUGGCCAAAGAAUGAAAUGACAAUUUCAUACUAUAUUUAUAUAAAGUGUAUAUAUAGUAAGAUGACAGUUUUUUACAGUGUAUUUUACAUUUUCAUAACGGAGUAUAUACAUCGGCAAAUCAGAUCACGCCUCCAUUCUGCUCCUCCCCACCUAUAUGCAGAAACUUAAGCAGGAAACACCCGUGGUAAGGUCUGUUCAACGUUGGUGUGACCAAUCAGAAUCUAUGCUUCAAGAUUGUUUUGAUCACGCAGACUGGAAAAUGUUCCUGGUCGCCUUUGAGAAUAGUAUCGACGUAUACACGUCGGUGACUGGGUUCAUCAGAAUGUGCAUUAAGGAUGUUAUUCCCACUGUGACGAUUAGAACUUAUCCAAACCAAAAGCGCGGAUAGAUGGCAGCAUUCGCGCAAAACUGAAGGCGCGAACCACCGCAUUUAAUCACGACAAGGUGACUGGGAUCAUGGACGUGUAUAAAGAGACCAGCUAUGGUCGCAAUUCAACAGCUCAAAGAUCAGAUGAUAAUCACAAAUUAUAAAGGGAAAGCCAGCCACGUCGCGGACACCGACACCUCACUUUCGGACAAGCUAAACACCUUUGCCCGCUUCCAGGAAAACAACAUCGAGCCACCGACGCAGGCCCUUGCCGCUCACGGGGACUGUGUGCUCUCGUUCUCCUUGGCCGGUGUGUGUAAGACAUUUAAACGUUGCCGGGCCAGACGGCAUCCCACACCGUGUCCUCAGAGCAUGUGCAGACAAACUGGCUGGAGUGUUUACAGACAUAUUACAUCUCUCCAUAUCCUAGUCUGUUGUCCCCACUCUCUUCAAGAUGUCCACCCUUGUUCCUGUACCCAAGAAAGCGAAGGUAACUGAACUAAUUAAAUGACUUGUCGCCCCGUAGCACUCACUUCUGUCAUUGUGAAAUGCUUUGAGAGGCUAGGUAAGAAUCAUAUCACCUUACCCGGGACCCUAGACCCACUACAAUUCGCAAUACCGCCCCAACAGGUCCACGGACGACGCAAUUGCCAUUACACUGCAUACAGCCCUGGACAAGAUAAAUACCUAUGUAAGAAUGCUGUUCAUCGACUACAGCUCAGCCUUCAACACCAUAAUUCCCUCCAAGCUCAUCACUAAGCUCUGGGUCCUGGGUCCCCCCCGUGCAACUGUAUCCUAGACUUCCUGACGGGCCGACCCCCCCGGUGGUGAAGGUAGGCAACAACCACUCUGCCCCCCAUAUUUUCUUAAAAUAUUACUUUAAAAAAUUUGAAGACUGUAAAAACACCUGCAAAUCCACUCCAAGUGAUUUUAAUUUUGGAAAUCUCUUCCAAAGUUUUCCCACACAUAAUAGGGAGAUAUAUGUGACCGUAUACAAAUGUAAGCACGGUUUGAAAUGAUUAUGUUUUAGUCAACUUUUCUAUCUGUUUGGGCUUCUUACGGUCAAUUUGCAGUCUACAAAUGAUUUGUAAUUAUGUUCCGGCCCCCUGACCAUACACUCAAGAAAGAAAAUCGUCCCACAGAGGGUUCUACAUGGAACCAAAAAGGGUUCUCCUAUAGGGACAGUUGAAGAACCCUUUUGCUACACUUUUUUUUCUAAGAGUGUAGCAAUACAAUAACAAUCUAAUAUCAUCCUCGGGAGGCAGAAGAAAUUCGACUUGGCCCCAAAGACCCUCAAGAACUUCUACAGAUGCAUAGUACUGCACUGCCCACAACCGCAGGGCUCUCUAGAGGGUGAUGCAGACAACCCAGCACAGCACCAGGGGCACACUGCCUGCCCUCCAGGACAUCUACAUCACCAGGGGCACACUGCCUGCCCUCCAGGACAUCUACAUCACCAGGGGCACACUCCCUGCCCUCCAGGACAUCUACAUCACCAGGGGCACACUGCCUGCCCUCCAGGACAUCUACAUCACCAGGGGCACACUGCCUGCCCUCCAGGACAUCUACAUCACCAGGGGUACACUGCCUGCCCUCCAGGAUAUCUACAGCACCAGGGACACACUGCCUGCCCUCCAGGACAUCUACAGAACCAGGGGCACACUGUCUGCCCUCCAGGACAUCUACAGCACCAGGGGCACACUGCCUGCCCUCCAGGACAUCUACAGCACCAGGGGCACCACUGCCUGCCCUCCAGGACAUCUACAGCACCAGGGGCACACUGCCUGCCCUCCAGGACAUCUACAGCACCAGGGGCACACUGCCUGCCCUCCAGGACAUCUACAUCACCAGGGGCACACUGCCUGCCCUCCAGGACGUCUACAGCACCAGGUGUCACAGGAAGGCCAAGAAGUUAAUCAAGGACCUCAGCCACCUGAGCCACAGCCUGUUCACCCCGCUACCAUCUAGAAGGUGGAGACUGUACAGGUGGAUUAAAGCUGGGGCACUGAUAAAGCUGAGAGCACUGAUAAACAGCUUUUAUCUCCAGACCAUCAGACUGUUAAACAGUCACCAUUAGCCUUAGUCACUAUUCUUGCCAGCUACCACCCGGUACUCCACCCUGCACCUUGGAGACUGCUGCCCUAUGUACAUAGUCAUUCAAGACUGGUCACUUUAAUAAUGUUUUCAUACUGUUUUACCCACUUUAUAUGUAUAUACUGUAUUCUAGUCAUUGCUCAUCCAAAUAACUACUGCUGUACACACCUUUUCUAUUCAUAUACUGUCCAUAUUGUCUAUACACACCAUUGAAUACAGUAUAAUGGUGUGUAUAGACACACCAGGCCCACCCAUAGCUGCUCCCCUUUCCAGUCAUGUGAAAUCCAUAGAUUAGGGCCUAAUGCAUUUAUUUUAAUUGACUGAUUUCCUUAUAUGAACUGUAACUCAGCAACAUUUUUGAAAUUGUUGCAUGUUGUGUUUAUAUUUUUGUUCAGCAUAUAUAUAAAGUGGGUUAAACAGUUUGUAAACAUGAUUCAAGUGAGCAGUGUUCAAUGACUCUUUGUACAUAGGGCAGCAUUCUCCAAGGUGCAGGGUGGAGUACCGGGUGGUAGCCAGCUAGUAACAGUGUCUUAGGUUCAUGGCAGGGCCCUGGGCCGGAGGCUGGCUAGUGAUGACUGACAACGUUGGCUAGGAGCGAGUAACAGGGUGACUGUGUCUGUCGGCGUCAUCUUGUGUCAUCUAUAAUAAAAAUGUGUUGCAAUACCUCCACAGUGUAGUCGUUCUACAGAUCGAUCGCACAAUUUGUUGUUUGGGAACAUGCAGAUAUUGAACUGUCUGGCUGCUGUUGGAACUUGACUCUGGUGCAUUAAGACUGUUGUUCUCUUUCAGUCCACUGGAGGGCGCUCAAACAAUGUCCACCCUACACUUCAUUCUCACGCUGGUGACCACAAAGGAUAAUGAGCUUAAAAAGAUUAAGAGCUGCACUUAAGAAAUCAUUGAUUAAAAUCCAUAAUCCCUGA